UUCCUUUGAACGAAAUGUUCACUUACGAGCCAACACUAUUGAACGUAUCAUCAUUCUGACUGCAAGCAAGAAGGAGGUCACGGAGACUGCGAGUCUAAGUAUUAUUAAUUAAAAAGCCGACCACGGUGAUGUCUCUACGGGACGAAUUGUUGAAGUCCAUCUGGCACGCCUUCACGUCCCUGGACGUGGACAAGAGUGGAAAAGUGUCCAAAUCUCAACUCAAGGUGUUGUCACACAAUUUAUGUACAGUGAUGAGGAUUCCUCAUGACCCCGUGGCUCUGGAGGAACAUUUCAAAGAUGAUGACGAGGGCCCCGUCUCCAACCAGGGUUACAUGCCUUACCUCAACAGAUUCAUCCUGGACAAGGUGACGGACAACUUUGACCGGCAGGACUUCGACAGGAUGUGCUGGACUUUGUGCUCCAGAAAAAACCUGGACCAGAGUCAGCUACUCAUCUCCAAUGAAGAUGCCUUCAAAAUCUGGUGCAUUUUCAACUUCCUGUCAGAGGACAGCUACCCGCCGGUCAUCGUCACGGAGGAGAUGGAGUACUUUCUGCGCAAGCUGACCGAGGCGAUGGGGGGCAGCUGGGUGGAGGAGCGCUUUGAGGACUAUAAGCUCCAAAUGCUCUCGCAGCAGCAGCAGCAGCAGAGCAUCAGCGUGUGGCAGCUCAUCACUCUGGUAGGCUCGGGACACUUCAGCAAGGGCAUGGACAGACAGUCCCUCUCCAUGGGCAUCCAGGAGCUCUAUCAAGAACUCAUCAUGGACGUGCUCAAGCAGGGUUACAUGAUGAAGAAAGGCCACAAAAGGAAGAACUGGACGGAGCGCUGGUUCACGCUAAGGCCCAACUCCAUCUCCUACUACGUGAGUGAAGACCUGACUGAGAAGAAGGGGGACAUCUUGUUGGAUGAACAUUGCAGCGUGGAGGCUUUGGCGGACAAAGAGGGCAAGAAGUGUCUCUUCUUCAUCAGAUCCUCACAGAAAAGUUUUGAAAUCAGCGCCUCGGACAAAAAGAAGAAGCAGGAGUGGAUUCAGGCCAUCCAGACGUGCGUGAACCUGCUCCGAGCUGGCCGUCAGGCGCCGCACCGCGAGUCGCGCCACAAACGUCGCGAGCUGCGCCUCAAGCAGCAGGCCGACCAGGAGGAGCUGCGGACCAAGAUGAAGGAGUUGCAGACGGCCAACGAGGCCAAACAGCAUGAGCUGGAGGACAUGAGGAAGGCUCUGGAGGAAGCGGCAGCCAAAGCGGCAGAGGAAGAACAACGACGGCUUCAGACUCAGGUGGACCUCCAGGACCGCUACAGGGUUGACCUGGAGAGAGAGAAGAUGGUGAGGCAACAGAUGGAGGAGCAGGUGGCCCAAAAGUCCACGGAGCUGGAGCAGUACCUGCAGAAGGUCCGCGAGAUGGAGGACAUGUACCGGCGGUUGGAGGACGCUUUGGAGGACGAGCGGCGCGCCCGCCAGGAUGAGGAAACCGUCCGCAAGCUGCAGGCCAGGUUGCUGGAGGAGGAGGCGGCCAAGCGGGCGGAGCUGGAGGAGAUCCACCUGAAGCAGCAGCAAGCCAUCUCGGAGACGGAGGCUGAGAAGCAGGAGCUGCAUAAGGAGCGGCUGGCCAAGGAGAACGCCCUGAGGGAUGCCAUGAUGCAGCUCCAGCAGCUGGAGCAGGACAGGCAGGGGGCGCUAGAGCAGUACCAGACAGUGAUGAAGAAGCUGGAGGAUGCCACCAACAACACAAAGACGUGGAAACACAAAGUAGCCGAACACGAGGGCUUGAUUCGCCUCAUUCAGCCUGGGUCCAAAGGUCAUCAGAUGAUCACAAACUGGGGCCCGGCCGCCUUCUCGGACGCCGAGCUGAGCCUGAGGGAGAAAAAAUGGCAAGAAAUGAAGAACCAGGUGACACAGGCGCAGUAGACGCCGACAACAACAACAUUGCUGCUGCGUUAGCUCACGGCAGGAAUACAAAAAUAUUGUGGGAUGUUUUCACAUGUUCUUCUCACCUCCUAAAUGAUAGACAACCAAAAUUUUGGAAAUGUCAGAUUAAUAAACAUUCGAUUAAUUGCGUCUGUACCUAAUCUAGUGUUCAUCCGCAUAUUUUUGUGACUCCUAAUUCAGAGUAAUAUGUAAAUAUGUUAUUUUUGACUCGUAAUGCUUUCAGCAUACAUGCUAAUAAUAAACUAGUGAACAUUUUAAGAGUGCUGAACAAGUGUUUGUGGUUUUUACAUGAAAAUAAGAAAUGUGGAAUAAAAAUUGUUAAACUCA